AUGCGCCUGCCAGGAACGUACGGGGAUGUGAAUGCGACACACAAUGGGGACCUUUCUAAUCUCUCCAGAUUCGUUCCAAGCGAUUGGCGGCCUGCCAUUUGGGUCCGGGUGUUGCCAGCCAUGGAAAACAUCCUGUACGGUGCCAACAUCAGCAACAUCCUAUCCGCCCACCAAAAUGUUGUCCUCGACAUUCUGGCAUGGAUUCCUUACGGACUUUGCCAUUACGGUGCGCCGUUUGUUGUUUCGCUGAUUCUUUUCUUCUUCGGCCCCCCGGGAACUACCCCUCUGUACGCCCGGACUCUCGGAUACAUCAGCAUGGUUGCGGUCUUUGUUCAGCUGGCCUUCCCCUGCUCGCCACCCUGGUAUGAGAAUCUGUAUGGGUUGGCUCCAGCCGACUACUCAAUGCAGGGAAACCCAGCUGGUCUUGCUCGUAUUGACAAGCUGCUGGGUAUCGAUCUCUAUACUUCGGGCUUCAAGCAGUCCCCUGUUGUUUUCGGAGCAUUCCCUUCGCUCCAUGCUGCCGACUCCACCCUAGCAGCACUGUUCAUGAGCCACGUCUUCCCGCGGUUGAAGCCCCUCUGGGUUACCUACACUCUGUGGAUGUGGUGGGCUACCAUGUAUCUUUCUCACCACUACGCAGUCGACUUGGUCUGCGGUGGCUUGCUUGCCACAGUGGCCUUCUACUUUGCCAAGACCCGAUUCCUGCCACGAGUCCAGUCCGACAAGAUGUUCCGCUGGGACUACGACUACGUUGAGAUCGGUGAUUAUUCUCGCGAGUCCGGGUAUGAUCUUGCUAGCUUAGAUGGCGAUUUCAACUUGGAUAGCGACGAGUGGACCGUGGGCUCUUCUUCGUCCGUUUCCUCCGGUUCUCUGAGCCCCGUGGAUGAUCAUUACACCUGGGAAAGCGAAACUCUCACCUCGAAUCACGACAUCGAGGCUGGACGCUAA